UUUCACCGUAGUUUCUGUUCCAGACUUUCAGAAACAUCCUGUCGCAAGCUCAAUAGCCUCUAUAAUAGUAUAGGGGAGGUGAACCAGGAUGAAGAAGUAAGGCACCCUUUGUCAAAUUAUAAGGAGGAGAAUGUGAUUGGUUGGUAUAAAGAGCAGAGAUACACAGAUCAACAAAUUACCUUCAGAGAGCAAGUAAUCCAUGAGAACCUGAAAAGAGCAGUCUCCAAUCAGGAGCUGAUGUUUCUGUUACUGACACCCAGUGAGGUCACAUCAUCAGGCUCCACUCACAAACUGGAGUAUGCAGUCGACAGAUCACAUUGCAGUCAAUCCUGCAGCGUUCCUGUCCGGGUCAGCAACCUGGGUUUGUUGGAACAGCAGGACUACUGGAGACUGUCUGCAUCUUGUUCAUCAGUCAACUACAACCGUGCUGUUUGGAAACACAGAUAUAGAUUCUUCUCCUUGGAUGGAUCCCUGCAAGAGGUGGAUGAGAUUAAUGAAAUGAACAACUCCUUGCAAGGCAAACUGAAGGUGGCAUGUAAGAAAGUGGAGGAGAGUGAGCGAUUGGUCGAGGAGCUGCUUGCAGAUGUUUCGUCUCUAAGGACUGUCAGUGAGAGGAAACAAGAUCAGAAAAAAACAGAUGGAGACUCCACUCCAGCCCAGUCUCAGGAGAAUGUACUGCUCUGUGAGGACAUUAAGACACAGUUGCCUGGAGCAGCUCUACCUCAAACACAGGCUCUAACGUUCCAGGAGUUCCCCGUGCCGGAGUUCUGCUGCAACACUGACCUUGGUAUAGACAUCACCACAACACUGCCUUUGAUCCUGACUCAUACAGUCCCCAAAGCCAGGAAGGGGAGGCUUGGUAGAGGCGGAGGGACGUCCUGCAGAAAACGUCCCGUUUGGGAAUCAUCUGACACGCCCAGGAGGAGGAAAAACAUGCUGGAGGAGACUGAGGGGUCUUCAUUGUCAGUCAGUGGGUCAGAGACUGGGUCUCGACCCCGCCCUGUGCAACUGGGUACUGGACUUCCUGACGGGCCCCCCCAGGUGGUGGAGGGUAGGCAACAACAUCUCCACCCCGCUGAUCCUCAACAC